AUGAUGGCCAUGGCAAUGCAAGCCAUCGGUGACCGUCUCCGUCUCCUUUGUGGUGCAUUGUCGUUCUACAGCCAGCUGUGGAGGUCUUUGAGCAACUACGUCAUUACCGUCACCGACUCGAUGGACGCCUGGCUCCGGACCCUACUCAUCUGGUUAGCAGCUGUUCUCAGAACCGCUCUCGGGCAUGGAUCAAACCCCUCCUGGAAAGCAGUUCUGACAUUGUUGCAACUGGCAUUUUACGUUCUUGCAAAACUCCGAUCAUGUCAUUAUCAAGACGUUGAACGAACAUGCAUUCCAAAAAAAGCUGUUUCACAACUAAUCAUGCUGGAGUGAAAUAAUGAUACGCAUUUAUUUGAUUCUGCUUGUAUCUAGUAGAUUCUUUUGUUUCUGAAAAAUCGGAAUAUCACACCCGCAUGAAAGUUGCAGAAGCAGUAUCAUUUUCCUUGUUACUGUUUUCUGUUCUUGAUCUUGGAGGAAAAGUAAACGCACUACCGUUGAGUAGAAAAGCUGCCACCAUUUGGUAAGAGCGGGGUCACAAACUCAUUCGUUAACUCCCCACCGGAGUUACGGACCAACCGGCCGGGUGGUCCUUAACUCCGGUGCCCCAAAUGUUGCUUUAGAGAGAGGCAACAACGAAAUUAAUCCUUAUGCGCCCCCCCGGCGGAUAAGCCGGGGGUGGGCCCCAUCUUAUCCGCGCGCCGACGGGCCGUGCUGGUGUAGCCUAGGCAAAGUGACCCGGCGCCCUCAUUGCCUGGAGGGCCCGGAUAUGCCCACAGCAUGCCGUCGGUCUUUGUGGUGUUUAAAAGUAACAGGCCCAACAUUUGAAAGCGCCACACUACCGGGGUUGCUUCAGACUAAAGGGCGACUGGGCAACAUUUGGGGCGCGCUUGGGAAAUUCGCCACGCAAGAAACUGCCGCGCAAGUAGCAACGGACACGCAGUUGCAAGAUCAGAGCCAGAAUCUGCCCCGCAGAAACUGCUGCCAUAUGUAGCGCGAGGGCCAAGGAGCUUCCUCGCUUCGCGCCUUCAGGCUAUUGGGUUACUUGCUAGACCAUGUCGACGCCGCUUUGCCCUUGGGCAGUGGCCUAGGGUCCGAAGCGAGAGGCGCCGCGGGCUAAAGCUUUGCUCUAGCCUGCGCGCGCGGCCCCCUGAAGGGGGUUCGCCUGUGCAAACCGAUGGCCAUGGCUGCCCCUGCUUUUGCAAUGGGUUCACUCAAAAAGACAGCAGGGCAGCAAUGCCCAGGGUUGCGCACCCAGAUUCCUACCCACUCUUUUAAAUGUGGAGCGCCGUCGUUGGUAAAAUUCCCUCCGGUGGUGUGCUCAAUUUAUAUCAUCGCACGGCAAACACGACCACGAGGGGGGGUAGCCAUUUUCUGGGCCCCGGGCCGUGUUGUCCAAUGUUUGUGGAAGCGCAAACAUUGGCAGCGAGCGCAGCCUCCGCCGCGGCCGUAGUAUUUAUUUGGGCCGUGUAACUGACGGCCCCGCGCGGUCCACUUUUGUUUUCCGGCUUUUUCAUGCCACCGCCGACCGACGUGCUUUAACUCUUCGCAUCUUCGGCGCGGCGCAAGUGUUCCUUCGCCCGAAGUGCAGGAAGGCAGGCCAUGGGGCCCAGUGAGGUUUUCUCGCCUCGCCCGGUGUUGCAGCCUACUUUUGGGAAACCCGCGCGCGCCCGUUUUGUGCGACGGGUUGUGACUCGCAGCCAGCAGUCGUCGCAAACCCCACACGCAGCGGAGUAUCGCAGCCACGUAGUACGUAGCAGCGAUGAGCUGGCUGUUCCCGGUUUUGGUGUAGCAGCGAUGACAGUAUCGCAGCCACAUGACCGGGCUGUUUCCGGUGCUGGUAGCAGUGAUGACCGGGCUGCUCCCGGUUCUGGCGAUAGCACUUUAUUCCGGGUUGUUCCCGGUUCUGGGGCUCACCAGAUAGUACGUAGAGCAACAUUUUGGGCACCGGAGUUAAGGACCACCCGGCCGGUUGGUCCGUAACUCCGGUGGGGAGUUAACGAAUGAGUUUGUGACCCCGCUCUAAUGACUUGAUAAAAAAGCUUUUGCUAUGUAUGACAAUACAGCCUGCUUCUACAUCUUAGCCAUCACGGUCGCCGAGAAUACCAUCCUGCAAGUUCCGGCGUCCUUGUGGUUUCACCGAGGAAAAUCCAAGCACGACGUGUCCAUCCUGCGCGAUGACGGUCUUCUCGUUUUUUUUGACGCACGUCGACAAGUACGGCGAGAAAGCUACGUUUGCCGAGCAACGAUUUCGGAAGGCGCUGCUAUGCUGGAAGAGAAACUUCAUGAUGACUUUUGGUUUACGAAUUGCUGCAACUAUGAUAUGCUCCUCUUGGUCAGGAAACGCACUCGAUUUUGUCAUUGAUUCCGGUUAAUGCAUUUUCCAUUUUUCACUCAUAUCUUAUGCAGAUCAGCACUAUCUAGCUAAGUAGCAACCCAGAAGAAAAAUGAUAACAACGCAUGCCGAAACAGAGGUCUGUAAAGCAGCCGAAGUCACUGAGUUGCUUCCUUGCAAUACCUCCGCUGGCGAUGGUUGCCGAUGCAGUUUUGAGGGGAUUGAUAUAUGAAUUGCAAUUACAACACGUCGUGGUCUGAUUACGAAGUGCGACUCAAAUAUUAUACAUGUUUGCUCGCGUUGUAACCUGACAGAAGUAGAACAAUCAUCGAUAUCCCUUUGCUUAUGCUGCUAGUGCAUCCGUCUGGAAUCGACCACGACGUGAGGAUUAUCGUGGAUACUGUUGCCCUCUGUCUCCUUGUGUUUUUCCAAGGAGCCCUCUGCUGCAGGACCGGGUCGGUGUGGCUCAGCCUCCACGUGGUGCCCAUUGACCCGCCACGUGUCGUGGUCGGAGGGCUGCUCCGCACCGCUGCAGCGUCAUCCUCGGCACAACUGCAGAUCGAGUUUGCCUCCGCAGUGUUCCGGCGCCUCCUUCGUUUGCUGCGAUCUUCCUGGGCCUGCAGUUGUUGUUUCUUCACCUUUCCCUACAAGCUGUUUUCAGUUUCACUCUGUGCCGCGUCCUGUUGCGGGAGAAGACGGAGGAUGUCUAUCGCCAGCGAGACCACCGACAUGACGUACACGCAACGACCUCGGGUGGCCGUCACCGACGGAAACAUCAACAGGAACCGGCAACAGCACCUCGCUCCCCGUGUACGGAAAACAAGCGAAAAGUCGCAGUACCGGGGACCCGUCGACGUCGACUUCUAUGCCGGAGGCGGUUGUUUAUCCGGUGAACAAAUAGAUGUUAAACAAUUAGUCUUGCGGCUGGACUAACAAUACAGAAACCUGCUGUCCAUCCGUUAAUUGCUGACUUUUCGUGGUACGGCUGGUUGUAUCGUUCGGGCACAGUAAUUGCCACGAUAAAACUGCUACCACGGAGAGCAAAAUACGUAGAAAUGCAUCACCGUACGACGCCAUGCAGUUGCAACUUUUGCUAUAAGAACUACGUGUACAGAAACAGAUACAGAUGCAGACGAAGAAGAUGUAGUACAGACAAAGUCACACAACGACCUGAUUGAUCAGUACGCAUGCUUAGCUGCUUGUACUUGCAACUGUUUUUAGGGAAGAGAUGAAACCAAUUUGAAUUUGAACUUGUCUGGCUCUGAGUUCGUCCACGGAAUGAAUAAAAGAGUCCUCCUACCUUCUUGUCAUGCGUUAUCCUUAUCGCUCUCGCUCACAUUCUGCAUGCGAAGAAGCGCAUGAUCCGGGCAGCAGGCUUCCUUGCUGUCGAAGCAGCGUCGAGGUCAAGAUCGCGAGCGUACGUUAUGGAGUUCUCAAUUACUUACAUUGAUAUGAUAUGUGAUGCAAGAAUAGCAAAAUCGAAGGGCCGAGUUUGUCUUUCUGCUUGCACGUCUUGCAUUACAAACCUGGAAUGGCAGUGGAUUUUUGCCAUUUCAUUCGGCUCUUCGAUAACUACUUGUUAUGCGAGCUACCUUGAACUUGUUCUUGAUCUUGGCGUGAAGGCUGAUAGGAACUGCGCAUGACAAGCUAUGUGCACAGCGGGCAGUGUAACCCUUGAGAAUCCCAUAUACGUUCCAUAAAUUUUCUUGGGCAGUUUGCAACUCCCGGAGGACAGUGACGCGCUAGCUCCAGGGAAAGUGCUAAAGACGGGCGAGCCGACUGAGUUCGGAGCCUCGGGUCCCUGGCAGCAGUUGUUGGUCUCAGCGACACUGCAGGUUCCGAUCGAUUCAGCAGCCCAGCGAAAUCUGGCCACAAGGUUCCAGGAGGAAGCUCUCUUCCGCGGCCCGGACGGGUAAGAUAGUACGCAUUGGAAGUGUGAUGUAUUUGCAUACAGAAACAAAAAGAAAGAUUUAUUUUCUGCGCUUUAGAAAUACAAUCACAAUAGAAAAAAGUGAGAUAAUAAAAACGUACAAAAAUACAGAAUCAAGUACCGAGUCCUGCUGCUAGAAAAAAUUCGGACGCUAAAGUCGGACCAGCGUUUAUGUCUUGCGAAUCUUGAGUCAAGCAGGGUCAAAGCAAAAGUUUUUGCAAGAAUUAGAUAGAUUGCUACAUGGCGUUUAACCUUAACUAGUAAAGACGAUUUUCUAUACCGGAUCCGGACUGCAUUGCAGCCUAGAAACCCCAAACUGCAGAAACCAGAAGUCCAUUGUCAUGAUUAUUGACUUUCCAAGUUGGUUCUGGCGGCUCUGUUGCGUAUACGUAUUUGCAAGAAAAUCUGAUCAUUUUUCGUUUGCUUUGGUCCCAACUCCAGAGUCUUUCACAUCCAUAGGGCCUACACGAGAUGGUCUACCGACCACCGGUGUCGUCUGAAAACUUUUUGGCGGAACAACGGGCACAGGAAUCGGAGGCGGCUCUGUUAUGAUAGAAAAUCAAAAGCAGCUAUCAUCUGAAACAAAUAAUAUAGGUUUUGGUAUUGGUUUUUUGCGAAUCAAAGAAAAAUUUUGCGGCUGGAUGAUCUUCGGCAACCGAUGCACUUGUAUUGGGGCUGAAUUGCGACUCCUCGUCGUGCACUGGAGUGCAUGGGCACGCGUCUUCAUGUUCUCUUUCUUUGUAUGCCCGUCGCAUUUGCAGGGCACGAGAGUCAUUUUGGAACAUCGAUAGCGCUGUUGAUUUUCUACGUGAUUGCCGUACUGGCGGGCGUCUUCGUGGCAGCGCGUCUUCUCGCUGUGCGACAACGACUGCAGCGCGCAAAUCAAGGAACAGUACGACAAGAGGAUGGCCGAAAUCGCAGAUGACUUCUCGGUUCUGAAUCACGACUACCUAAUGGAAAAGGAGCUGCUCGCGAACUACGGGCUUCUCGAAGUCCGCUUCCUAGCAACGGGCGAGUUUCACGUCUACCUGGACGGGGAAAUGCUGGGCAACCUGCGGGACUUGCGGUACUCUGACCUGUCCGUUGGCGCUAUCGACGAAAAGUGGCCCGAGUUCGGAAUGCAGCAGUUAAAUGUCGACAUCUUCAACCUCGCCGGCAUCGAGCAUCGACGUGGCUUCGACCCGGACCCGCAUGGAGCAACAUCGAUGCCGGGGGAAUCUGGCGGAAAACGGUACCUCACCUGCCAGCCAAGACACGAAACCCCGUCCCCUGCCAAGCAGUUCCGACUGCCCGGAAAGUCCUGGAUCCAGCAGGGCAGGAACGAAGUGCAACACUCGGCGUUCUUUGAGAAGGACUGCGUCCAAAGUAGCUUGGCGACGUGGUGCCGGGCUGCAAACAAGAGUCUUGCCCAGCAGUACCGCCGUGGUUUGUCCGCGACGCCACUGUUAACGGAGAAGAUGGAAACCUGUCCCUUCGUGAAUCAGUACUACACGGAGCAAGAAGUGCGGCGAGCUCGCAUUGAGCACGGGUAUCCUGUGCAAAAGUAUCGUACUCGGAAAACCUGCAUCAACUAUGUUGCGCCGUAAGAAGAAGUUUUCUCAUAAUUCUCUAAUUUGUUUUAUCCUGGUCUAGCAUGAAAGUUCCACAGACAGGCUACGUGUUUUGCACAAGUAUUUCGCGAUGGAUUUCUUCUUGACUUCGGAUGCUAUUUGUUGUACUAGGACUAGAAACUACGAGGAAGACGAAUCUUUUGCAGUGCAUACCAUUCGGGCGACGGCCAAAAUCUUGGACGACUUGGAACCGCAGAGCGACUGGCUAUUUUCGUCGAAAUUCGGCAUGGAGUGCAACCACCCGUACAUACUGUUGACGCGUCAGCCCCCGGCUUCUACCGAGGACGAGCACCACACGAUGAGCAUCAUGGCGUGCCUUACCCCCGAAUCCAACCUACUGACCGUCAACGCGCUUACGAAGGAACGGUUUGACGCGGAGUGUCGUCGGCGCCGCGAGUAUGUGGCGGAUCUGUUGAACGCGCACACGAUGCAGUGGACCCCGGCGUUUCAGGGGCCCCGCCUGGAUCCGGUCCGCGACGGGAUCACCGAGGAAGACGUGCGCAUCUUCAAUGCCGACCUGCUAUCCAUGGUAAAGACGCGUGCACCGACUCAACUAUUCCGAUUCUUUCUGUGGCGGAACACCCAUUCCCAUAGCAUUAAUUGCAACUGGACAACUUCAUUGCAACACUUCUGGUUCUGCAUAAAAACUGAAAUGACAAUUAGGAAAGUCGCAUGUAGACGUGGAAGGCUUUUCUGGGUUGCGUAAGUAUUACGUUCGCGUUGCAGACGAGCAUAGAGGGUUGCUUUUCAUCCUUUCUGCCAUGAAACGUUCUUUGCUUUGUGCAGACCGCUGCGAAAAGUAUACCGUAGCAGAAACGAAUGGAUAAGAUGAUCAUGCACCUAUUUGACCAUGGAUAUCCAAACGCACAGUAUCCAUAAAAAGAAUUCAAAACUCGAUGCUAAUCAUUGACACAAAGUGGGUAUUUCAUUCAAGCCACACAAAGGCCUAGUGAUACAUAAGCGAACCCGAAUAAAGCAUCAUUGUUCAUUAUUCGAACAUAUAGAAAUUUCUGUUUUCUCAGCCUACGGCUUCAUGUAGAGCGGGCAAAAAUCCGAAGCUGGUGUGGAAAUGAUAUGAAUAAUUUACAACUUUGUGUGGCAAUGAACGCCCUGGGUUGGUGAUAUCUUUCUGACACGAUAAGCAGCAAGCUGACCUGCAAAAUUUGAACGGCCCGCGCGAGUGGGAAGUAAUUGCUGCGGGUGCCGGGGUCGACGCAAACAAUCUGGUGUUGGUGAAUCAUCUGCUGGACAACGACUUGCUAGCCAUGGACGUCGGCGACCAUGGCGCCGUCGAAAAUGGAGUGCACGAACUCUAG